ACAAGGUAUUUUGAAAUUGGUUCUUUGAAUUACUUGAUAUUUCUGCAAGCAGAUUCUUCAACAAUUUGGUUCCCAGCUUGUGUCUGGUUAGCAAAAAAUCUAAGCUUUCUUAAAUUUCCGAUAUUUCUAACCAAAUAUGUAAAACAAUUUUUUUUUUCUAGUCUUGACCCAGAGCAAAAGGAAAUGUUAAUUGAAGUGAUAGAAAAGCUGUUGAAGGAUAGAAGUACGCUGGUAGCUGGCAGCGUUGUGAUGGCAUUUGAAGAAGUGUGUCCAGAUAGAAUAGAUCUGAUUCACAAGAACUACCGAAAGCUCUGUAACUUGCUGGUUGAUGUAGAAGAAUGGGGUCAAAUUGUUAUAAUCCACAUGUUAACUCGAUAUGCACGUACACAGUUUGUAAGCCCAUGGAAGACGGAUGAAAAUGUUGAAGAAGAAUAUAAUGAAAACAAUUUCUAUGAAUCUGAUGAAGAACAGAAAGAAAAGGAUCAGAAAGUUAAGAAGAACUACGCUAUGGACCCAGAUCACAGGCUGCUGUUACGAAAUACAAAGCCCUUGCUUCAAAGCCGAAAUGCUGCUGUGGUAAUGGCAGUUGCACAGCUUUACUGGCAUUUGGCACCAAAAUCCGAAGCUGGUAUUAUUUCUAAAUCAUUAGUGCGUUUACUCCGUAGUAAUAGGGAAGUGCAGUAUAUUGUUCUGCAAAAUAUUGCCACUAUGUCAAUUCAGAGAAAGGGCAUGUUUGAACCUUAUCUGAAGAGUUUCUAUGUUAGAUCAACGGAUCCAACAAUGAUUAAAACUCUGAAGCUCGAAAUCAUGACAAAUUUAGCAAAUGAAGCCAACAUAUCAACUCUGCUUCGAGAAUUUCAGACUUACGUGAAAAGCCAGGAUAAACAGUUUGCUGCAGCUACAAUUCAGGCUAUAGGCAGAUGUGCAACUAACAUCACUGAAGUGACUGACACAUGCCUUAAUGGCCUCGUAUGUUUGCUGUCCAACAGGGAUGAAAUUGUAGUUGCUGAAAGUGUUGUUGUCAUUAAGAAACUGCUGCAAACCCAGCCAGCACACCAUGGUGAAAUAAUUAAACAUAUGGCCAAACUCUUGGAUAACAUUACAGUUCCAGUAGCAAGAGCCAGCAUCUUGUGGCUCAUUGGGGAGUACUGUGAACGGGUUCCAAAGAUUGCACCUGAUGUUUUGAGAAAGACAGCCAAGAGCUUCAUAAAUGAAGAUGACCUUGUAAAGUUGCAGAUCUUAAAUUUGGGAGCAAAACUCUAUUUAACAAACUCAAAGCAGACAAAAUUGCUUACCCAGUAUGUAUUAAAUCUCGGCAAGUAUGAUCAAAGCUACGACAUCAGAGACCGUACAAGAUUUAUUAGGCAGCUUAUUGUUCCGAAUGAGAAGAGUGGAGCUUUAAGCAAAUAUGCCAAAAAAAUAUUUCUGGCACAGAAACCUGCUCCAUUGCUCGAGUCUCCCUUUAAAGAUCGGGAUCAUUUCCAGCUUGGUACCUUGUCUCACACGCUGAACAGCCGAGCCACUGGCUACCUGGAGCUGUCUGACUGGCCAGAGGUGGCACCUGACCCUGCCGUGCGAAAUGUCGAAGUGGCCGAAUCGUCAAAGGAAUGGACUGCAGUUCUCAAGAAGACACAGAAACCUACUGAAAAGUUCUACUCUGAAUCGGAAGAGGAGGAAGAGGACUCUGCCAGUACAAGUGCAUCAGAUAGUGAGUCUGGCAGUGAAAGUGAGAAGGAACAUAAGGAAGAAAGCAGUGGUGAAGAGAGUAGUGGGAGUUCCUCUUCCACUGGAAUAUCAAGUGACAGUGAAUCAGAAGAAACUACAGCAAAGAAAACAUCUGGAGCUGCAGAGGAAAGUGAUUCAGGAGACAUUAAAAAAAAAGCAAAGGGAAUCUCCAAGUCCAGAAGCACAUUCAGUUCCUCUGAUACAGAGUCUAGUUCAUCAGAUGAGAGUUCUUCAAACUCCAAGUCAGAAUCAGACUCUAAUAGUGACUCAGAUACUGGAAAGUCCAGAAAUGCUACGUCUAGUAAGAAAGGAGAAAAAACAGUCCAAGACAGAAAAGCUCCAAAUAAACAAGAUGUGUUUCUCUUAGAUUUGGAUGACUUCUACCCUGUAACAACUCCUGUGGCAGUUCCUGCAUCAGCUGUUUUGUCUCCAAGUUUAACAGCAGAUCUAGAAGGAUUAAGUCUAUCAGGUUCAUCAGUCAUUGAUGUCACUACCCAAGUAUUUGUGCCAACAAAAACGCAUGAAAUGCUUCAUCGGAUGACUGGAAAAGGAUUAUCAGCUCAUUAUCAGUUCUCAAGACAGCCAUGCAUUUUUGGCGAUCGUAUGGUAUCUGUGCAAGUGACAUUAACAAAUACAACUGAUCAGAAGAUAGAUAAUAUUCAUAUAGGGGAGAAGAAGUUACCCCCAGGCAUGAGGAUGCAUGAGUUUAAUCCAAUAGAAUGCCUUGACCCUGAGAGAUCUGUGACUGUUUCAAUGGGUAUCGACUUCUGUGAUUCUACUCAGACUGCCAGUUUCCAGUUAUGCACCAAGGAUGAUCAUUUCAGUGUUAGCAUUCAGCCCCCUGUUGGAGAACUGCUUUUGCCUGUCACUAUGUCAGAGAAAGACUUUAAAAAGGAGCAAGGGAUGCUGACAGGAAUGAAUGAGACAUCUGCUACCAUAAAUGUUGCUCCACAGAACUCUACUGGUCGUGUAAUAAUUGAGAGACUCAUGAAGGCAGCAAACCUGGGUGUAGUCCCUUCUGGUCAAGAUAAAAUACACAGGUUUGCAGCAAAGACUGUGCACAGUGGGUCACUGAUGCUAGUCACAGUGGAGCUGAAGGAGAGCUCUACAGCACAGCUCAUCAUAAAUACUGAGAAAACUGUGAUUGGUUCUGUUCUGCUGCGGGAGCUGAAGCCUGUCCUGUCCCAGGGGUAACCUGCUUACAUCUGGACUUCAGAAUCUGGCACACAACAAAAGUGCCUGGCAUCCACUACUGCUGCCUUUCAUUUAUAAUAAUAGCCCUUCCAUCUGGCAGUGGGGGGAAGAAUACACUCUUGACAUUCUUCUGCUUUAGAAUGCUAGUGUAUGCAAGUCGUCUCCUUUUUUUCUGCUUGCUAACCAAAGAACAUAUAUUUUACUGUCAGUUAUCUGCAUUCUUAAAUGUAUUUCCCAUUUGUUCUAUCUGAGUACUUCCCUCUCUUUCCACCCCCCUCCCUUUCCCCACUGUAGUGGACAAAUAUUAGAUAAUGAAGUUGAAAGGAAAUCACACUGCUUAAGAAUCGUGUUAAAAACAGCAGAUAAAUCGGUUCCAGCAACAUAUGCAACAAUUAUGUGUGCACUUCAGAGAAGCACACACAUUACAACAAAUACAGGAAAAUUGUUUGCUUUCUGAAAAUCCUUGUGCACCUGAACUCACGUAGUAAGAAUAUUGUUCCCAUUUGAUGUGAUUUUCUUAAAUAUUUCUGUUAAGCUGCCAAUAAAGUAGUGCUUUGAGCAGAAA